AUGGACAUGACUCUGGAUCCCCUGAACUCGGGGAGUAUCAAGCGUAUUCGACAGGCAUGUGCCAACUGCAGGCGCAAGAAGACUAAAUGUUCUGGCGAGCGUCCAGUAUGCUUCCACUGUCGACGAAAUCGACUUACCUGUAUCUAUGAACCAUACUCGACUACUAUAAGCGAUCCUCCAGCUCCCCACCUGGCACCAACAGCGAGCAUCCCGACCGACCAAAGCAAUGCAGAGCUUCUUCGCCGGCUUAGCACAAUUGAGUCUCGUCUUGCCGAGCUCAGUGCUUGCGCACCGGCAGGAAACGGAAACAACCUAUCGGAGUUCUCAUUGCCUGGAAACCACAUCUCAACAUCCGGAGAAAGUGGUGCACGGUAUUUUCAGUCGAUAUCAUCCCCAAUAGAUCACGCGUCAUUUCCACCGGCACCCAUUCUACGCUCUGUUCUUGGUACGUACUUUGAGCAUGUCCACAACCAGCCUUACUCCUACUUCCAGGAGGCAUCAUUUCACGAAAAGCUGCAAUGGAACGUGUUACCCCGAUGUUUGGUCUUGGCCGUGCUCUCAUCUGCAGUCCGUUUUUCCAAGCAUGAUUAUUAUGCUGGCAGGACUCAAGAGGCAUCGGAGAGAUAUGCAAGGGAAUCGUGGCUUUCUGUUCUCACAGAACAUUUAACUGCUGAGGACAAUCUCAAUGUGCAUGUUGUUCAAACUGUAAACUUGCUAGCAGUGGUCGACUAUACAGCCGGUCGCGUGAGCUCUGGGUGGCUCAAGAUUGGACUUGCUGCGCGAAUCUCCCAAGACCUUCACCUGAUGGAUGAACCUAAUCAAUGGCUUUCCUAUACAGAGCAGGAAGAAAGAAGGCGAGCCUUUUGGUCUGCAUACCUGAUUGAUAAGCUCAUUUCUUGCGGCCGAUCGCGACCUCUUGUAAUUUUGAACGAAGAUUGCAAAGUUCAGCUGCCGUGUGAUGAGCAGACUUUUUGGAAGGGAGAAUGGAAAAAGACAAACACGAUUGAGCAGCUCCUCAGUUGGAACACUGAAGUCACGGAAAGCCCGAGUCCCUUUGCCCUAGUUAUAUUGAUGGCGUCAAUCUUUGGCCGCUGCACGAGAUAUGUGCAUCAAAACAGAAGGGCAGAUGAGAUUCCACCAUGGGACCCCAAAUCUGAGUUCUCCGCCAUCAAUUCUUCUCUGUUAUUGCUGGAGUCAUACUCAAAAAUUGGGACUCGCCGAGUUUCCGACAUCCUGCAAACCGAGACGGAAAGCGUUGAUCGGAAAGAAGUCGCGCAUCUCGUUUUUGCUCGUGCGCUGUUUCACCUCUGCCACUGUCUUCUAAACCACCCCUUCCUGGUACGUCUACGACUCAAGGCAUUUGGCUCCAAAGCACCAACUAGCUUCUCUGCACGUUCUCUUCAGGUGGGAUGUGAUCAUGCAAGACAUAUUAUGGAUGUACUGCGGGAUGCCCAUGAGAGUGGAUCUUCACACUUUGAGCUCCAGUCAGCAACUCGUCGCCAAUCCGACAUUUCGCAUUACUUUAUUGAGAGCUUGGAUUCUCUCAGGCGAUUGGCAAAGCUUUGGGUUCACGCAGCAAAUAUGGCCGUCCGACUCCAAGAAUUCCACAACAUGUCCCACCAAUUUGCCAGCCUCCUCGACCCGACCUGUCUAAUGGAAGAUGUCGAUCCUGCGUCCCAAGAGCUUCUUUGGUCAAUGAUUGACUAUGGUAUUCUGGGCGCAGAUCCAAAUCAAAAGCCACUCACGCCACGAAAUACCAUUCCAAACCUUCAAACACCCAGUUCGGGAGCCCUCGGCUCAGAUAUACUUGAGAAUAUGCAACUGCAGUUUGAGAACGAAAACCGGGAUAUUUUUACAGGGCUUACUCCUACAAUGCGGCUAAAUGAAGCCGAAAAGAAGGAUAUGAAAGCACAUAGCAGACUACUCACUCUACCAAGAGAUAAUUUGAUAAUUCGGUUGGAAUUGACUGUCAUGGCGGGAAAGCAACAAUCUCCUUGGAACGGGGUGGUGUCUGGCACUACUGCCGUCAUUUUGGCCAACAUUCUUGUUUACCCUCUGGAUAUUGUGAAGAUGCGAUUGCAAGUUCAAGUCCAAAGAACAUAUCAGCAAGGUAAAUGUGCUGGUUAUGAAAAUCACCAUGAUACCACCAAGGAUACCCACUACAACAACGCAGCGGAUGCAAUUUUCCGGAUUCUUCGUGAAGACGGUGUUUCGGGUCUAUACAACGGACUGGAAAGCUCUAUUGCCGGCACAGCAUCCAUGAAUUUUGCCUACUUUUACUGGUCAGCAGUUGCACGAAGCUUGCAUCAAGCAAUCCUACAUUCAUAUGACUUCUCAGAUACAAACAGCAUCAUAAAGGAGCUUGGCUUAGGUGCUGUUGGUGGAGCUUUGGCUCAAUUAUGUACCAAUCCCAUCGCUGUCAUCUCUACACGACAGCAGACGCGCAAAGCCAGCGAAAAGAAAAUUUCUAUGUGGGCGACAAUGAAGGAGAUUUCCCAGAGUGAAGAUGGAUGGACUGGGCUUUGGAGAGGCUUUAAAGUCAACCUCAUUCUAGUCGUCAACCCCAUGAUUACAUAUGGUGUUUACCAGUGGCUAAGAAGAGGCCUGGUAACACUAAACAAAGAACUUGGUUUUCUUGAUGCGUUUCUCCUCGGUGCUGUUUCAAAGGUUUUAGCAACUAUUGCUACCCACCCACUUAUUGUUGCGAAGGCCAUGCUACAGUCAACCCCUCCAGAUUCCCGAAGGGGGAAGCCUUUCAGAGGAUUUACCGAGGUUCUUGCAUAUAUCAUAAAGAAUGAAGGGCCCUCGCGCUUAUACAAGGGCCUCGCUCCACAGAUUAUCAAGGGGUUCCUAGUUCAAGGUCUCAUAAUGAUGCUGAAAGAGCGAACCGAGAUUCUACUCAUGCUGGCAAUUUCAUUUUUUAAAAGACGCUCACAGCGACGUUCUUUCUUGAAAGGAAAAUAG